UUUAAAAAUUGUCACUUUGUUGACUUGCAGGUCCUGAAGGGCGCAGCCACAUGUUUUUAUGCCUUCAUUGGCUUCGACAUCAUUGCUACUACAGGAGAAGAAGCAAAGAGUCCCAACACCUCUAUUCCAUAUGCUAUCACAGCUUCAUUAAUUACCUGUCUGACAGCCUAUGUUUCUGUCAGUGUUAUAUUAACAUUAAUGGUUCCUUACAAUAUGAUUGAUUCAGAAUCACCACUGAUGGAGAUGUUUGUAGCCCAUGGAUUCUAUGCUGCUAAAUUCAUUGUGGCCAUUGGAUCUGUAGCUGGGCUUACAGUCAGCCUGUUUGGAUCCCUGUUUCCUAUGCCCAGAGUCAUUUAUGCUAUGGCUGGUGAUGGGUUAUUGUUCAGGUUUUUGUCCCAUGUCAGUUCCUACACAGAGACUCCUGUGGUGGCUUGUAUUGUCUCUGGAUUCCUUGCAGCCCUUCUGUCUCUGCUGGUCAGUCUUCGGGACCUGAUAGAAAUGAUGUCUAUAGGAACUCUCCUAGCAUACACCCUUGUUUCUGUGUGUGUACUUUUAUUGCGUUACCAGCCUGAAAGUGAUAUUGAUGGUUUUGUCAAAUUUCUGUCUGAGGAACACACCAAAAAGAAAGAAGGAAUCCUUGCUGAUUGUGAAAAGGAAGCCUGCUCUCCCAUGAGUGAUGGCGAGGAAUUCUCAGGUCCUGCCACCAACACAUGGAAAAUGGAUCGACCGACUGUUGCUACCGGUCGAACAGUGACCAUCUGUGUCAUGCUUCUGUUUGUUUUGUUGUUCAUCUUUUGCUCAUUUAUCAUAUUUGGUGCAGAUUACGUAUAUGACCAAGUAUGGUGGGCAGUCCUCCUAGUAAUUUUGAUGGUACUGCUAAUCAUUGCCCUGGUUUUUGUGAUUCUUCAGCAACCAGAGAAUCCCAAGAAGUUGCCAUACAUGGCCCCAUGUGUCCCAUUUGUUCCUGCAUUUGCAAUGAUGGUCAAUAUUUAUCUUAUGCUUAAACUAUCAUCUGUAACAUGGAUUCGUUUUGCUGUCUGGUGCUUCGUGGGUAAGUUAUUCAGUACUUCCAAUAUUUUGAUAAUGUAUACAUUUGCAUACGUUGCACUGUUAACAUCUCAUUACUUGGCUAGAAGUGUGUGUGUGUGUGUAGGAACAUUCCAAUUUUCUUAA